AUGGCACUAGAUUGUGUACCGCCACAACUCAUUGCCAUGAUCAAAGCCUAUUAUCGUUCCACUACUGCGCGAGUCCUGAUCUCCAACAGUCUUUCCCAACAGUUUGGUAUUCGAUCUGACGUUGGUCAGAGUUGUAUCCUGUCGCCCAUUCUGUUUAACUACGCUAUUGACCAGAUUCUCGGGAAGGCCCUACACGAAGGUGACGGUGUAGAGUUUGUGCCCGGACACCGACUGACUGAUCUCGACUAUGCCGAUACUAUUGCCUUACUUGCCUCAAGUGUCGGUGCUCUGCAGUCUAUGUUAUCACGGGUAAACGAGGUCGCUCAAUCAGUUGAUUUAUCCAUAAACGUUGGAAAGCUUAAAGUGUUUUCAUGCUGCAUACCUGACCAAGAGAAGGCACCUCUGGGGACUGAUGCCGGUCAACUCGAAGAAAUAGGCAGUUUGAAAAACCUCGGAGCGAAGCCGCUGCUGGAUGGACAGUUUGAGGACGACCAGGUCUGA